GCCGGAGCGGUGCUGAGCGGUGACCGGAGCUGAGCCCAGGCUGCCGGAGCGCUCGGCCAGAGCUUUGUGGUUCACCAUGAACGCCAGCGGCCCUGGCUACCCCUUAGCCUCUCUCUACGUGGGAGACCUGCACCCGGAUGUGACCGAAGCCAUGCUCUAUGAGAAGUUCUCACCUGCUGGGCCCAUCAUGUCCAUCCGAGUCUGCCGGGACGUCGCCACGCGCCGAUCACUGGGCUAUGCCUACAUCAACUUCCAGCAGCCUGUGGAUGCGGAGCGAGCCCUGGACACCAUGAACUUCGAAGUGAUCAAAGGCCGUCCCAUCCGCAUCAUGUGGUCCCAGCGGGACCCCGGGCUCAGGAAGUCAGGGGUUGGAAACGUCUUCAUCAAGAACCUGGAUGACUCCAUUGAUAACAAAGCCCUGUACGACACGUUCUCUGCCUUCGGAAACAUCCUGUCCUGCAAGGUGGUUUGUGAUGAAAAUGGAUCCCGUGGCUAUGGCUUUGUUCACUUUGAGACUCACGAGGCAGCAACUCGGGCCAUUGAGACCAUGAAUGGGAUGUUGCUCAAUGACCGGAAGGUGUUUGUUGGCAAUUUCAAAUCCCGCAAAGAGCGCGAGGCAGAGUUUGGGGCUAAAGCGACGGAGUUCACCAACGUCUACAUCAAAAACUUUGGGGAUGACAUGGAUGAUGACAGGCUGCGGGAAAUAUUCUCCAAAUUCGGAAAGACGCUAAGUGUCAAAGUCAUGAUGGACAGCACCGGCCGCUCGAAGGGCUUUGGAUUUGUCAACUUCGAGAAGCAUGAAGAAGCCCAGAAGGCGGUGGCUGACAUGAACGGGAAGGAGAUCAACGGGCGCAUGGUGUACGUGGGCCGGGCGCAGAAGCGGCUGGAGCGGCAGAGCGAGCUGAAGAGGAAAUUCGAGCAGAUCAAGCAGGAGCGAGUGAGCAGGUACCAGGGGGUCAACCUGUAUGUGAAGAACCUGGAUGAUGGGAUAGAUGACGAGAGGCUGAGGAAGGAAUUCUCUCCAUACGGCACCAUCACCAGCGCCAAGGUGAUGACAGAGGGUGGCCACAGCAAAGGGUUUGGCUUUGUAUGUUUUUCCUCCCCAGAAGAGGCUACCAAGGCCGUGACAGAAAUGAACGGGCGGAUUGUCAGCACUAAGCCUCUCUACGUUGCACUCGCUCAAAGGAAAGAGGAGCGGAAAGCAAUCCUCACCAACCAGUACAUGCAGAGAUUAGCCACCAUGAGGGCCCUGCCUGGCCCUCUCUUGGGCUCUUUCCAGCCGGGGUACUUCUUACCCCCUAUUCCUCCGCCACCACCCAGAGCUACCUUCUACAGCUCCAGCCCAGUUGUCCCAGUCCGUCCUGGCACUCGCUGGAGUGCGCAGCCCUCCCGGCCUCCCCCAGCGUAUCCUGCAGUUACUCCCAUCCUGAGAGCUGCCGUGCAGCCCCGGCGCCUGCUGUCCAACAUCAGCACCAUGAGACAGGCAUCCACCCAAGUGCCCCGUGUGCCCCCCCAGGCACAGAGAGUGGCCAACAUCGGGACGCAGACGGUCAGCACUCGGGUGCCCUUGUCGCCCACCCUGCCGCGGAGCACCCCGCAGUACAAGUACUCCUCAGCCGUCAGGAACAUCCAGCCCAUGGGGCACAUGUCGCCUGUGGUGGCCCCGCAGGUGGGAGAACCUGCUGUGCACGUCCAGGGGCAGGAGCCCCUGACAGCAUCCAUGCUUGCAGCAGCCCCUCCUCAGGAGCAGAAGCAAAUGAUAGGUGAGCGCCUCUACCCUCUGAUCCAUGCCAUGCAUCCCACGCUAGCUGGCAAGAUAACUGGGAUGCUGCUGGAAAUAGACAACUCUGAGCUGCUGCUGCUCCUGGAAUCACCCGACUCCCUGCACUCCAAGAUUGAGGAGGCGGUCGCUGUUCUCCAGGCACACCAGGCCACAGAGACCUCGCACAAGGGCAGCGCUGGGUUGUUCCUGCAGUAACCCAGUCUUCAAGAGAGCCCUGAGAACGUUGCCUUUGAAGAACAGCAGCAGCAACCCCACCGUGCCUUUGGAAUCGUGCCUGUACAGCGACUCUGGCUUAUCUUCAGUGCCCCAUCCUAUUUCCUGCGUGUAUCGUAAACCUUGCCAAUUGCUUCCUCCUGUACCUAUAAAGAAAUUACCCCUGUUAAUUCUCUUGUUUCCCCUGAAAGCACAUAGCAAACUGUAGUGUGGAACCCAGCCUGGUUCAGUUGCCCAGGAAAUGACAAGUGAUGGUGAAUCAUCAUUUUAGUGAACUUAUUGGGUUUGGUAGUUUUAUUUGUUCUUGUAGCUGGCACUAAUAAAGAAUUGAUGCUUUCACCCCUCAACAAA